CGAUCCUUUAUUUCUUUCCUUUUUGAUCGAGUCGGAGCCCUCGACUUUUACUUUCUUAUCCAAUCCCUAAAUCGAUCCGGCUUCCUUCCGAUUCAUGAACGCUGACGUCGCCUCUUCCUCCGAUCUCCCGCCGCAGCCUCCGCCCCCUGUUGCGCCCUGCCUCGCCCCCGGCUUCCGUUUCCACCCCACCGACGACGAGCUCGUCUCCUACUACCUCAAGCGCAAGGUCCGCGGGCUACCGCUCCGCGUCGAUGCCGUCGCGGAGGUCGACCUCUACAGGUGCGAGCCCUGGGAGCUCCCGGGGCUCUCUCGGAUCCGCAGCCGCGACAAGGAGUGGUACUUCUUCAGUUCCCUUGGCCGCAAGUAUUCCAACCAAUCGAGGACCAACCGCGCCACCCCUCAAGGGUACUGGAAGACCACCGGGAAGGACCGACCCGUCCUCCGCGGCACUCACAUGAUCGGCAUGAAGAAGACGCUUGUUUUCCACGCCGGCCGGGCGCCCCGAGGCACCAGGACCAACUGGGUUAUGCACGAGUACCGUCUCGAUGACGUGGACUUGAUCAAGACUGGAAUUCCUCAGGACGCUUAUGUUAUUUGCAGGAUCUUUGAAAAGAGUGGCUCCGGGCCAAUGAACGGGGCUCAAUAUGGAGCACCGUUUCUUGAAGAAGAAUGGGAAGAGGAGGCCGACGGUGUCGUUUUGUUGCCAGAUAGUGGGGAUUAUGUAGCCACAGAACAGGAAUAUUUUGAGCUCAGCGAUUUCAUGCAGAGUGAAGAUUCAAAGAAUCAACAGGAGAAUGCUUCCAACUUUACAGAAGAUUUAGACAGGAAGGAGUGUGGUAGCCUUGCUGAAGAUGCAACCAAUUUCCCAGAUGAAAUAAUUGAAGAUGAUAAUUUUACCAACUUGGUUGAUGAGCCUAAGCAGCAGAGUGUAGCUGCUGUUGCUCAUGAAAUGGAGAAGCAACCUCCUGCUGAUGAUUGUAUUCAUAAUCAAGACAAUCCAAAUAUCAAGGAAGAAUAUGUGGAGUUGGGUGAUACCAUAAAUGCCACAAAUCUUUCCUAUCAGGAAUAUGAUAAUUAUCCUAUGAAGACUUGCCAUGCACAGGACAUGCAUGUGAUUCAUGAGAAUAUCAAUUUACGGAAAAUGUUUGAAGUUGAGGAAUACUUUGACUUUAUCAAUGAAGAUACUGAGCAACCAGAACAACAACAAAUAUUCCAGCCGGAGGAUAAUAUCUAUGUUCAACCAAAUAAUUUGAAUUUUGUAUAUGAUGGUUCCCUUUCUAGUCAAGACAAAAUGGCAUUAUGUAAUGCACCUAGUGAUGAUCUUUUCCUGCAUGAAAAUACAGAAAUCAAUGGACUUCUCUACUCACCCACCUUGGGACCGUCUGAUUUUGAGAUGGUUGACGACUUAUUAGCAUUCUUUGAUGCAACCAACGAUACUGGUUCACGGAGCAUCAGUCCACCAGACACAUUUGACUUUGUUGAAGAGGUUGGUUGCUCAACUAGCAAGGCAACAACUAUGGUGCCACAUACGACUAUUAUUGAUGGAGCCUCAUCCUCGGGUUCUUCUGGUGCUCAUGUUGAGUCUGGGGAUGAAUAUAAGGAAAUCGUCAUAAAGCCAAAACCAGAUAACCCUACCGAAGAACCUAACAACAAAACUGCAAAGAAGCAUCUCAUGAGCGUGCUAGGUGCAAUUUCUCCACAGGCGCCAUUUUCUGAGUGGGAUUCUCUACCUGGAAAGCUGUCUACUGCUCAUUCGGCUAGCCCGGUCCAUGUCACAGCAGGCAUUAUCCAAAUCUACGGUUCAACCAUGCCUGAAGAUGCUGCCAACUGGUCCUUGCAGAAGGAUGGGCGUGUGCAUUUCAUCCUUUCCUACAGAGUAGCUGAUGAUAUGGUUUCAAAAACUGCAGGCCAUGAUCUUACAUCAAAAUACCAGAUUAAUCCGAAUUCAAUGGCACUCCGAGGUGGCCUUUACUUGACCUUCGUGUCAUGGCUAAUUCUGGCAAUCGCCUAUGGUGUGGGGAUGAGAUACAUGGGGAAGAAGUUGGUUCUAUACAACUGAUUCACAGUUGACCGUAAGGGAAUUGAAGAAACACAAAUGCCACCGAUUCAAUGUUCUGCAAAUGUCACGGAUAAACAAUUAAUUGUUUCAUCGCUGGAGACCACACCAAUUCAAGAACUCAAGGUAGCUGACUCACUACAUUUCAUUGUUGUGUCUGCUUGAUUGAGCUUUUGUUUUAGUUUUAUCAAACCCUGAUGUGUAGUUAUAGCUUCAACUAUCUGUGGUUUUUAAAACCCAAGUGGACCGGCAGUCCAAUCGGUUGAAUCCAAAAAGUUAAUUGUGAUGAUAACUGAUAUAGAAAAAGAAGAAAAAACCAGAUUACUUGGCUUGUCA